CCCCGCACUUUUCCGUUUUUGCCCCCCUAACACUAGCUUCAAGGUGUAUUUGAGUAUAUUGCCAUUUCUGCGAUCAGUAGUUUCUUGCCUAAAUCAACGAUUUAUCAGUGAGAGUCUUUUAAUUUUAUUGUUACAUCAAUUACAUCAUACAUGUGGGAUCAGUGAUCGUUCAAAUUCCCGGGCAAAGUGAAUCCAGAAGUUCGAAGCGCCCAGUGCGCUUCACUUCUACUUGACAAUUAUAAUAUUCUUUAAAACAUUUUUUCCUCAAUUAAAACAAAGUAUUUUUUCUAUUUUUUUUACCAUCGUUGAUAUUUUACGACAAUUUUUUUUUAAUUAAAAAGAAGACUUGUUUUUUCUUCAAAAACUUUUUUGGAAAAAUUUUUAUUUUCUGAAGUAAAAAAGUGACAGUGAAGAGAAAUAUUAAUGAACCUUUUUUUUUGAAAAGAAGACUUGGAUUAUUCGCAAUUUUUUUUUAGGUUUUUAUAUUUAAUGUUUGCUGUUUGAUGAAGAUUCUAAAACAUCAUAUGAAUUUUUUCGCGGAGGAUAAUUGUUGUUUUCAGCGGUGCCAGCGGUGCCAGCGGGACUGUUGAUUCUCGCUUAUCCGACGUGUUAGCCAGAUUUUCAUCUUUUUACACUUUAUUUAAGAGAAAGAGAAAUUAUGGACAUGUCGAAAAAUAUUUAUUCAAUUUAAAAGAAAAAUUGAAGCAAAUACUGUCCGAGGUCAGAAUUUAAGAGAAGAAAUGAUGUGAAUUUCCAUAGUAAAAGAAGAUGUAAUUUCCAAUAUGAAGAAAUCAAUAUAAAAAUAAAUUGUCGGUCAAGUGGUCGAGAAAUGACCGGAAGUAGAAGUAGCGAUCUAGGAACUGGAGCAAUAAAAAUACAGAAAGAUGGCCACAAGCAUACGGUUCAUUGGUUCAGAAAAGGGUUGAGACUCCACGAUAACCCUUCCUUUCGAGAAGGCCUCAUCGGUGCUUCCACCUUUCGAUGUGUCUUUGUGCUCGAUCCUUGGUUCGCGGGAAGCACCAAUGUCAGCAUCAAUAAAUGGAGAUUUCUACUGCAAUGCUUAGAGGAUCUGGACCGCUCGCUAAGGAAGUUGAACUCUCGACUUUUCGUCAUUAGAGGUCAACCGGCGGACGCGUUGCCCAAAUUAUUUAAGGAAUGGGGAACGACGAACCUCACAUUCGAGGAAGAUCCUGAGCCAUUCGGCCGUGUAAGGGACCACAACAUCUCGGCUAUUUGUAAGGAGCUCGGCAUCUCAGUCAUUCACAAGGCCUCGCACACUCUCUACAAAUUGGAGGAGAUAAUCGAAAAAAAUAUAGGAAAGACACCUUUAACCUACCAUCAGUUUCAAAAUGUUAUCGCCAGUAUGGACCCUCCCGAGCUGCCGGCUCCGACAGUAACUUUGACAUGCAUUGGAAAUGCUUUUACCCCCCUGAAAGAGGAUCAUGAUGACCAGUAUGGAGUGCCUACUCUCGAGGAACUUGGUUUCGACAUUACGGGUCUUUUGCCUCCAGUGUGGAUAGGCGGAGAGAGUGAAGCUCUUGCUCGCCUAGAACGGCAUCUUGAGAGGAAGGCCUGGGUGGCGAGUUUCGGUCGUCCUAAAAUGACUCCCCAGUCACUGCUAGCAAGUCAAACUGGACUUUCUCCCUAUCUACGAUUCGGUUGCCUUAGCACAAGACUUUUCUACUAUCAAUUAACUGAUCUUUACAAAAAAAUAAAGAAAACAGUACCCCCACUCUCCCUGCAUGGUCAAUUACUGUGGCGAGAAUUCUUUUACUGUGCAGCAACAAACAAUUCUAAUUUUGAUAAAAUGCAAGGAAAUCCAAUUUGUGUGCAAAUACCCUGGGACAAGAAUGUCGAUGCCCUGGCGAAAUGGGCUAACGGACAGACGGGCUUUCCUUGGAUCGAUGCGAUAAUGACUCAACUGAGGGAGGAGGGCUGGAUUCACCACUUGGCUAGACACGCUGUCGCAUGCUUCUUGACCAGAGGUGACCUUUGGAUCUCCUGGGAGGAAGGGAUGAAGGUUUUCGAUGAACUACUAUUGGACGCCGACUGGUCAAUAAAUGCCGGAAUGUGGAUGUGGUUGUCCUGCAGUUCGUUUUUUCAACAAUUUUUCCACUGCUAUUGCCCAGUGAGAUUUGGAAGAAAAGCAGAUCCAAACGGUGACUAUAUCCGGCGUUAUUUGCCUGUCUUGAAGAAUUUCCCAGCGAGAUAUAUUCACGAGCCUUGGAAUGCCCCGAUGUGUGUUCAAAGAGCAGCCAAGUGCAUUAUUGGAAGGGAAUAUUCCCAUCCCAUGGUCAACCAUACUAAGAGCUCGAGAAUCAACAUUGAACGAAUGAAAAAUGUUUAUCAGCAUUUAAACAAAUAUCGUCAUCCCGAGAUUUUAAUUUCUCCUCUUGCAUCGCAUGCAACUGCAAAUCCAUCCGAAGAAAUGAAUCAGCAGAAAAAUACUGAAGAUAAUUUUUCGAACGAUGUUAAAGAAUCGGAAACUAUAUAUUAGGAAGCGCAAAAUUAAAAGCGAUUUAGAUAUAUAUGAAAAAAAGAAGAAGUAUUGCUCUAUCGGUUUGAGUUUAAUAAGCGUGAAAUGAAGAAAUUCGACAAUAUCUUGAAAUUUUCUAUCGAGUAUGUUUUUUUUCUUCAUAUAAGAAUGGAACUUGAGACCUCAAAGUAUUGACUGAAUUUAUUUCUCUAUAUCGUAGAUUUAAUAUUAAAUGUGACCUGUAAAAUUUGCCUUCAGAAAAUUUUAAUUUGAAAUAUGUUUCUUUGACAAUAGUGUCAAAAAAAAAAAAAAAAAUUGAAUGAAAAAUUUCGUUUUCUGUUGAUAAAUUUUAAACCUAGUAAAUAGUAAAUUUUUCACCAAUUAUUUAAGUUAUUAAUAAUUUAGAACUUUCGAACGAUAUUAAAAUUACUAACACAAAUUAUAAAAAAGGUACAAC